UAGGACACACCUGUGGAUCUGUGAUUUAUGUGGCUGCCAACUGAGCCCGCGUCGCACAGUGGCCUCAGAUUGCGCCUGUGCUUUGUUAACACCGACAGAACGCGUUUACCACGAUGAGGACCAGAGGGGUGAAAGACAACAGUCCCGCUUGGAGACUUUUUGCACGUGAGAACCAGAUCGGCACGUGGCUGUUAGACCAAAAAAUUAAGAAACACUUUCAACCGCGCAGCAGCCCACGUUGAUUGGCACGUCGACCCACCUGCGCGCGUCCCCGGGCGCCGUGGAAACUCCGCGGAGAUCCGCUUUCGUCUUAAAUUCUGCCUUCAUGUCCCCUGGGAUGAAAUGUCGCGGAUAAGUCAGUCCACGCCAUCCAACGUGACGGAGGUUUACCCCGUGACCAACCUGACCUUAGUGGUCCUCCUGCUCAUACCCUGCGUGGUCGUUCUGCUCCUUCUCAACUGCCUGUUCCUGGGUUACAAGUUGCUGAUCUUGUCGGAGAGGAAGAACCGGCGGCCGCGCGGGGACGCGGAGGAGAUGCUGCUGCAGUCCACGCUGCGCCGAGCCCGCCGCCACGGGGCGUCAGACGUGGCGUUCCCGUUCCUGUCUACGUCGGAGCCGGUGGUCGCGCAUCCCGUCACGUCCUCCAGGGCUUCCUCCAGGGAGAGGCCCGCGGCCGAUCGCAGGACCCGGCAGGUGAUGCCGGACGGCGCGACCGGCUCGGGGUCGACGAGGGCACCGAGCACCAUCCGGGCCGCCUCCUCCGCGGCCGGUUUCACCCCCAGACUCGAUCCGCCGUCCGGCUCGCGGACGCGCGGCACCGGUAAAGCGGGAUGGCGUAAAAGCGCGCCGGUUGUACCGCAGUCCAGUGGGUCAGAGGCGGACACCAGAGUGCACCUUGUUCCGCCGAACUCUCCCACGGAGGCCGAACACGUGGCUCACCUUCGUCGGAGCAGUACUUUCCAGAUGCUGACAGAUGUGAAGCCAGGCAUUGCCAUGCUCGUGUUCGACAAGGUGGCCGUGGAGUGCGAGUACACCGACCGGCGGCCCGAGGAGGCCUCCUACCUGAACACGUCCGCAGUGGGACCUGGACUGGACAGCGACUUUGGUGCGAGUGCAGGUGUGUCCCUGCGGAUUCUGUCAGACAGCGACGGUCUGUCUAACGGCGUCCUGGCUUCGGCCCUGGAGUGGGAUUAUUAUGACCCUUGCUAUGUCAAGCAGAAUAAUGUACCCAAACAUAAACACCACAGACCCGCAGUGCACACCAAACAGUACUGGGUGUGAAAUGUUCCCGCUGUCAAGCGUGAUCUUUUAAUGUUAAGUUAUUUUUAUUUAAAUAAUAUGUGCUUUAGUCUUAAUUUAUUGUCACUAAUGAGUUUAAAUUUACACAUUUUUCUGAUUACACACUCUGCCACUGAAUUGAUUCAACUUGUGAAAUAUUUACUGCAGCCACCUUCACUUGUGUUAUUGUGAAAUGCGCACUUCUUCACUCAUGUUUGUCUAAAUUAGUCACCAUUUUAUAUCAACAGGGCUGUCCACUCAGUUUGGAAUUCCAUGCACAUUAUAUUACUUUAUUUACGCACUUUUAUUUAUCUAAAUGUUUUCAUUCUGUAAUAAAGACUAAUUUAGAAUUCAGACUUGUGAUCCUUCAAAAAAAA